AUGGCGCAGGCGUCUGCGCCCGUCCCGCCGAUUGGCCAGCAAAUAGGCGCCGGGCGCGGUCCGGGGCACCCGCAGGACGGCAACAAGGGCGGAUUGAGCUCCCUCUUCAUGGAGAGCGCGGCCCCCCCAGGCUCCGCGGCGCUCGCGGCCCCCUCGAUGACGUUGCCGGUGCCCAUCCCGGGCUCCGCGGGUCUCUCGUCCGCCCCGUCGGCCGCGUUCAGCCUGCCCACAACCAUGCCGAUGUGGGUGCCCGCUCAACCUGGUGUAUUAAUGCCGGGCUUCCUGCCGCCCCCGAGCGGCUCGAGCACGCCCAUCUACAUCGGCUCGGCCGCCAGGCACAGCGGCAAGCCGGACAGCGGGUCGACGCUGCAGACGGGCUGCUCUCCGACCGGCACGGAGCCGAGCGCUGCCCAGACCGUAGUGCAAGGCGCGCCAGCGCACCGCCGCUUGAACCGCACGUCGAUGCAGGGCGCGACCCCGGGCUCGCUCAAGGCCAAUGCACAGAUCGCCAAGGCAGGCGGCGGCCCAAUCAAGUACCGUGGAGUGCGGCAGCGCCCGUGGGGCAAGUUCGCCGCCGAGAUCCGGGAUCCGACCAAAGGCGCUCGACUUUGGUUGGGCACGUUCGACACCGCCGAGGAGGCCGCGCGCGCAUACGACCGCGCCGCCCGAUCCAUUCGCGGCCCGAAAGCCGUCACCAACUUCCAGAUCGAGGACGGGGACUUCGAGGAGCCCGUCAGCGCCAAGGACUUCCACUUGCUCGCGCAGUCCGCUCCGGUCCACACCGGCGACCUCGAGGCCCGCUUCGGCGGCUCCAGGGCACGCCCGACGCACUCGGAGGAGACGGACGAGAAAGUCGAGCCGCAGCCGACGCGGCGAUCCUCCAGGAGGCACGAAAACAAGGAGAUGGAGGACCUGGCCGAGGCGCUGCUCAUGCUGGGCGGCAUGGACGCGUGA